CUCUCGGAUACAGCCGACACCAUGGGUUUCGGAGACCUGAAAAGCCCUGCCGGCCUCCAGGUGCUCAACGAUUACCUGGCGGACAAGAGCUACAUCGAGGGGUAUGUGCCAUCACAAGCAGAUGUGGCAGUAUUUGAAGCCGUGUCCAGCCCACCGCCUGCCGACUUGUGUCAUGCCCUACGUUGGUAUAAUCAUAUCAAGUCUUACGAAAAGGAAAAGGCCAGGUAGAACAUGGACAGCAGCAAUUCAACUUUUCCCCACACUGCCCUGCCAAUGUGCCUCGACCUUGACCUGGGGGGCCCACCUCUGGGGUGAGAGGGUGGCUCUUUCAUUCAGUCCUUGGCCAUUCUUCUGAAACUGCCAACAAGGGUGGAAGUUUGGGGAAGUGGACUCCAGUUCACUAAGAAUGGAACUGAGCAUACUUAAUGAAAUCUCAAACAGAAAUGUUCAUACUGAAAGAGUAAAUCAUAUGGUUGAAUUUAAAUGUUUUUCAAGCCUGCCAGGAGUGAAGAAAGCUUUGGGCAAGUAUGGUCCUGCCGAUGUGGAAGACACUACAGGAAGUGGAGCUACAGAUAGUAAAGAUGAUGAUGACAUUGACCUCUUUGGAUCUGAUGAUGAGGAGGAAAGUGAAGAAGCAAAGAGGCUAAGGGAAGAACGUCUUGCACAAUAUGAAUCAAAGAAAGCCAAAAAACCUGCACUUGUUGCCAAGUCUUCCAUCUUACUAGAUGUGAAACCUUGGGAUGAUGAGACAGAUAUGGCGAAAUUAGAGGAGUGCGUCAGAAGCAUUCAAGCAGACGGCUUAGUCUGGGGCUCAUCUAAACUAGUUCCAGUGGGAUACGGAAUUAAGAAACUUCAAAUACAGUGUGUAGUUGAAGAUGAUAAAGUUGGAACAGAUAUGCUGGAGGAGCAGAUCACUGCUUUUGAGGACUAUGUGCAGUCCAUGGAUGUGGCUGCUUUCAACAAGAUCUAAAAUCCAUCCUGGAUCAUGGCAUUUAAAUAAAAAAUUGAAAGAUUA